CAAACUUCUCAGCUGUUGACAGGCUUGACUUGCUGAGAACACUGGUUAAAUAUAGCACACGCGAGCUCAGCUCCUCAACAAAGUCAUUGCUCUGACGGUGUUGUGAAGGGAGCAGAAGACGAGAAACCUAAUCUCAGAACCCAACAACACCUAGCAACAGUUGAAAAAACUUUUAAACAAAAGUCUGGGUGGGAGAUACACAGCAGCCUCCAAUUUCUGCUGAUCAGGAUUUCAGGGAGAAGAAGCUGCUUUCCCCCCUGCUCUCUACCCAGUUUCCUGCAUGACUUCAGCUAUUGGCCAGUCCUAGGAAAGAAAGUGGGAAAAGCUUUUUCCUCUGUAUUCUUUCGGGCUGGAUAGUUUUCCAGGACUCCAGUCUCAGGCUGUGGGACAAGCCACUGGGUUCUUCAAAGGAUACGCUACCUCCCUAAGGACGUACCCUUGGUUAGACAAGCUGCCAGUCAGGUGGGAAUGAGAUCCCAAAACCAGGGUGGAGAAAGUCCAUCCAAUGGGCAUGGCUCCUGCCCCAAGUCCUCCAUCAUCAGCAAUGUUGAUGGUAAAAGUCUCUCAGAAGAUACAAAAAAGAAGAACAAAUCAAAUAGAAAGGAGGAUGAUGUCAUGGCUUCAGGAACUGUCAAACGACACCUAAAACCAUCUGGAGACAGUGAACGAAAGAAUAAGAAAUCCUUGGAGUUGUCCAAAGAAGACCUCAUCCAGCUGCUCAGUAUAAUGGAAGGGGAGUUGCAGGCCAGAGAAGAUGUGAUCCACAUGCUGAAGACGGAGAAGACCAAGCCUGAGGUUCUGGAGGCUCAUUAUGGGUCUGCGGAGCCGGAGAAAGUGCUGCGAGUCCUGCACCGAGACGCCAUACUAGCCCAGGAGAAGUCUGUAGGGGAGGACGUGUACGAGAAACCCAUCUCAGAGCUGGACAGACUUGAGGAAAAACAGAAGGAAACCUACAGGCGCAUGCUAGAGCAGCUGCUGCUGGCGGAGAAGUGUCACCGGCGCACAGUGUAUGAGCUGGAGAACGAAAAGCACAAGCACACGGACUACAUGAACAAGAGCGAUGACUUCACCAAUCUGCUGGAGCAGGAGCGGGAGAGGUUGAAAAAACUCCUUGAACAAGAAAAGGCUUACCAAGCCCGCAAAGAAAAGGAAAACGCUAAGCGGCUCAACAAACUGAGAGAUGAGCUUGUGAAACUCAAGUCCUUUGCACUCAUGCUGGUGGAUGAAAGGCAAAUGCAUAUCGAGCAACUUGGCCUACAAAGCCAGAAAGUACAGGACCUGACUCAGAAGCUGAGGGAAGAAGAAGAAAAGCUCAAAGCCAUUACUUCCAAAUCCAAAGAAGACAGACAGAAAUUGCUCAAGUUGGAAGUUGAUUUUGAACACAAGGCUUCAAGGUUUUCCCAGGAGCAUGAAGAGAUGAACGCAAAGUUGGUCAAUCAGGAAUCUCACAACAGGCAACUCAGACUCAAGGUGGUGGGUCUGACCCAAAGAAUCGAGGAGCUGGAAGAGACCAACAGAAAUCUGCAGAAGGCAGAGGAAGAGCUUCAGGAACUCAGAGAUAAAAUCGCCAAAGGGGAAUGUGGCAACUCCACCCUCAUGGCGGAAGUGGAAAAUCUACGGAAGCGUGUCCUUGAGAUGGAGGGUAAGGAUGAGGAGAUUACGAAAACUGAAUCCCAGUGCAGGGAACUGAGAAAGAAGCUGCAGGAGGAAGAACACCACAGCCGUGAGCUCAAACUUGAGGUUGAGAAGUUACAGAAGAGAAUGUCUGAACUGGAGAAACUGGAAGAAGCCUUUAGCAAGAGUAAAUCUGAGUGUACCCAGCUGCAUUUAAAUCUGGAGAAAGAAAAGAACUUAACCAAGGACCUGCUCAAUGAACUGGAGGUGGUCAAGAGUCGGGUUAAAGAGCUAGAAUGUUCAGAAAGUAGACUGGAAAAGGCUGAAUUAAGCCUAAAAGAUGAUCUCACCAAGCUGAAGUCAUUUACUGUCAUGCUGGUGGAUGAAAGGAAAAAUAUGAUGGAAAAAAUAAAGCAAGAAGAAAGAAAAGUGGAUGGACUCAAUAAAAAUUUUAAGGUGGAACAAGGAAAGGUUAUGGAUGUAACUGAAAAACUCAUUGAAGAAAGUAAGAAGCUUUUAAAACUGAAAUCUGAAAUGGAGGAAAAGGUAUACAAUUUGACAAAAGAGAGAGAUGAGUUACUAGGGAAACUGAAAAGUGAAGAAGAAAAAUCCUCUGAAUUGAGCUGCAGUGUUGACUUAUUAAAGAAAAGACUUGAUGGGAUAGAGGAAGUGGAAAGAGAAAUAACAAGAGGUCGGUCUCGAAAAGGCCCUGAACUCACCUGCCCAGAAGAUAACAAAAUUAAGGAACUAACCCUCGAAAUUGAGAGACUGAAGAAGCGUCUCCAGCAACUGGAGGUGGUUGAAGGAGAUUUGAUGAAGACAGAGGAUGAGUACGAUCAGCUGGAGCAGAAAUUUAGAACCGAGCAGGACAAGGCAAACUUCCUGUCUCAACAACUGGAGGAGAUAAAACACCAAAUGGCCAAGAACAAAGCCAUAGAGAAAGGUGAGGCUGUGAGCCAGGAAGCUGAGCUGAGACACAGAUUUCGGCUGGAAGAAGCCAAGAGCCGGGACUUAAAAGCCGAAGUGCAAGCUCUUAAAGAGAAGAUCCAUGAAUUAAUGAACAAGGAAGAUCAGCUUUCUCAGCUCCAGGUGGAUUAUUCCGUCCUUCAACAAAGGUUUAUGGAAGAAGAAAAUAAGAACAAAAACAUGGGGCAGGAGGUCCUGCAUCUGACCAAAGAACUGGAGCUUUCCAAGCGUUACAGCCGUGCCCUUAGACCCAGUGUGAACGGCAGGAGGAUGGUGGACAUUCCCGUGACAUCCACGGGAGUCCAGACAGAUGCUGUCAGCAGCGAGGCUGCAGAGGAGGAGACACCAGCCGUGUUUAUUCGGAAAUCCUUCCAAGAGGAAAAUCACAUCAUGAGUAACCUUCGACAGGUGGGACUAAAGAAACCCAUGGAACGUUCCUCGGUUCUCGACAGGUAUCCGCCAGCGGCCAACGAGCUCACCAUGCGGAAGUCUUGGAUUCCGUGGAUGAGAAAAAGAGAAAAUGGACCCCCAAUGACUCCAGAGAAAGGACCGCGAACAAACCCCAGUCCAGGGCACCCGGGAGAGCUGGUUCUUUCACCCAAGCAGGGCCAGCCCUUGCACAUCCGAGUGACCCCAGACCACGAGAACAGCACCGCAACCUUGGAGAUAACAAGCCCCACGGCGGAAGAAUUUUUUUCUAGUACCACCGUCAUUCCUACCUUAGGGAAUCAGAAACCGAGGAUAACCAUUAUUCCAUCACCCAAUGUCAUGUCUCAAAAACAAAAAAGUGGAGAUGCUACUCUCGGCACAGAGCGAGACACGUCCCCUGUCACAAUUACUACGUUUUCCAGAGAGAAAGCCCCGGAAAGUGGAAGAGGGGCGUUUGCAGACAGGCCCACAUCCCCCAUCCAAAUCAUGACGGUGUCCACAGCCGCGGCCCCAGCUGAGAUCAUCCCUCCGGAACCCCAGGAAAUGCCCAUGGGAAGGACUGUCCUCAAAGUCACCCCAGAGAAGCAGACUGUUCCAGCUCCAGUCCGGAAGUAUAACUCCAAUGCCAACAUCAUAACCACGGAAGACAAUAAAAUUCAUAUUCAUUUGGGUUCUCAGUUUAAGCGCUCCCCUGGGACGUCAGCUGAAGGAGCAAGUCCAGUGAUUACCGUCCGACCUGUCAGCGUGACAGCUGAAAAGGAGGUGGCCACUGGCACGGUCCUUCGCUCUCCCAGGAACCAUCUGUCCUCACGCCCGGGCGCCAGCAAAGUGACCAGCACCAUCACCAUCACACCAGUCACAACCUCGUCCGCCCGAGGAACCCAGUCAGUGUCUGGACCAGACGGGUCAUCCCAGCGACCUACCCCUACCCGCAUUCCUAUGUCAAAAGAAAGCAUCAUCAUCCACCAGUUACGCAUGAGCUCCAGAUGAAACGGUAAACCCAGCACACACUGAGUGUGGGUACUUCCUCUGAACCUCUGUCGGAUGGAUAGUAUUUCUACAGCCCUUCAGCAUCACUAAGGUUCUCCAUGCUACUGAUUGAUCACUACUGGAAAUAAUUUUAUACUUCCAGUGAAAUUUUUUUUUGAGAGUAUAAAUGUAAAAACUGAAAAUGCUGUUGCUGGUAAUAUAAAACUAGGUAGCGAGAGCAAUUCAAUCUUUACGUCAAAAGAAAUUUCCCUUCCUUUUGCGAAGCUUUCAGGUCCAUGGGCACAUGCUAUGUAAUUUAUUUUUAUAAUUCACUUUGUAAUGUGAUUUUUUUUUUCCUCAAGCGUUUCCUUUUUCCUAGUCCCUGGCACAUACAUUUGUAGAAUACACUGUCGGUUCCUCAAAGUAUUAGUAUUGGUGCAUUCAAAAUGGUAACCUAGACUGAUUUUAUUACUUUGUUAUUUCUGAAAAAAAGGAAAAGAAAAUACAACAUUCUCUGUAUUUCCUUGGGUAAAUUCAAGAGGUAAAAACAAAGCAGGAGAUUCUGGAAAAAGUGUGAUUAUUGCCUGUACAAAGCUGUGGUUCUGAUCAUGGUUCGACACUAACAAAUUCAAAUAAUGCUCUGAUUUAAGAGUUUAAUUUUAAAUACUUAAACCAGUUUUUAAAGUUGCUCUUUCUGGUGUUCUGUGCCGAAAAUCUGGGAUGAACUGUUUUUCAUAUGGAAUAAAUUAAUAGGAGGAGCUGUAUAUGUUUAACCAGUAAGCAUUGUAGGAACAGCUUCUAUUGACAGUUCAAUUAUAUUUCUGUUUGCGUUAUUUACUUUAUGUACAGGACCUAUAAUAAGGAUUGUGACAUCAGGAUAUUUUUUUUCACAAUCUACCCAAAUGAAAGCCUGAAAAUAAAAACUGAUCUAGAUAAUAUCAGCAUCUUUUUUGAAAAAAUGA